AUGUCGUCAGUCCGAGCUGCUGCCAUCCUGCUGCUACUGAGCUGCUGCCUCCUCGUCCUCCUGGCUCCGCCCUGCACAGGUCAAGGAAGUGACUGCAGCUGUAACAUGACCAACAGUCGCUGUGACGAGUCUGGAGUCUGCAGAUGUGACCCUGGUUGGGACGGUCCUCUCUGUGACCGCUGUGUGCCGAUGCCCGGCUGUCUGCACGGCUCCUGUCAGCAGCCAUGGCAGUGCCACUGUGAGCCAGGCUGGGGGGGUCGCUUCUGUGACAAAGACCUGUUCGUCUGCUCGCUGCAGCAGCCGUGUCAAAACGGAGCGACCUGUGUGAUGGAGGACAGCGGUGAAUACAGCUGUCUGUGUCCUGAAGGAUUCCACGGCAGAGACUGUCAGCUGAAGACGGGACCGUGUCACCAGAGGAGGUCUCCAUGUAAGAAUGGCGGUCUGUGUGAGGAUUUAAACGGCUUUGCAGAGGAGCUGACAUGUCGCUGCCUGGCUGGCUUCACAGGAACUCGAUGUGAGACCAAUGUGGAUGACUGCCUGAUGGGACCAUGUGCCAACGGUGCCACAUGCCUGGACGGCGUCAACCGCUUCUCCUGCCUCUGCCCACCUGGUCUCACUGGACGCUUUUGCACGGUUAACCUGGAUGACUGUGCAAGCCGACCCUGCCUUAACAAUGGUCGUUGCUUGGAUCUAGCCGGAGGCUUUCACUGCGUCUGCAGGCCGGGCUACACGGGCCACACGUGUGAAACUCCUCUGAUGGGCCACAAUGACCACGAGCUCAGCUGGACAACGGUGGGCUGGGAAGGAGGAGGAGGCAGAGUCAGGCCUCAGCUGACCACUGGGGGUAAGAACCAGAGGAGCAGCACCACAAGCAGUGAUAAUAGCAGUCGUCAUGGUGACAGGCUGCUGAAGGUGACAGUGAGCGAGCGCAGUGCUGCCGGCCUGUCCAAGGUUCAGCUUAUCAUCCUGCUGGUGCUGGGUGGGAUGACGCUCGGGGUGGUGGUGCUGACUGCUGCCCUCGUACUGCAGGGUCAAUGCAGGGACUGUAGCCACGCCCUCUGCUGGCCUCUGAUGUCAUCAUCUUCAUCACCAGCGUCAUCGUCAUCACAACAGAGUGGACAGACAAGCUGUCGGCAAACACGACAGGAUGAGCACGAUUGUCAGAUCAGCUUCCUGAAUGUAUCAGAACAAGAGAAGAAGAAACUGAACACUAAAGUCAUUUAGAGCGAGACUAAAAUGGGCGGAAAAGCCCUUUAACCAACAGACAGGGACCGAGUGAGCAGGCAGAGAGAGAGAAGGGCAAAGAGAGAUGCAGAGGGAGAGAAAGAGAGGUACAGGAGCUCUCAGCACUGCAGAGUCA